AGUGGCCAUGAUGCGGGAGAUUCUUGAAAAUAUCAGUGCCUUUUUGGGUACAAAUUGCGCUUUGAACGGAGGCUUUUGGAGUAGCUUCUUUUGAUAUACCUCGAUUUGCAUUUUAUCCUGGAAAUUCAUUGAAUCCGAGGCAUUAGAGUCGUCUUUCGGUGGACUCUUUUAAACUUAGGUAAUCAGAGCCCUUUGCUUAUAAUUUUCAGAAAAAAUCUUGGCUAAAGCCUUAACCGAUCAUCCUGAAAAAGGAGGACUGGAUUUUCGUAGUGAGGCUUUGCAAGAUUGAAUGUUUGAAUCGCGAGGCACGGGAAUCUUUAGCUGAAUAAGGAGUUUUGUUGAUCUGAUUUUUGUUGAAUCUUGUUCAAAACCGCAGGCCGCAGAUUUCAACCAAACCCUAGCUCCAUAUUUCUUCAAUCCGUUGCAAAUUCGGUUAAUAUUUUCUUUUUCAAGCUCGAAUUUUCAAUAGCAAUGAUGCUUCGUAGUUCCUCAACACCGAUACUGGGAUCCCUCGUCCCUCAUUCAGAUAAUAUCAGGGAAAAUGUAGGGAAAAUAUGUCCCUUACAUGAAAAUGCAAACCGGAUUUCUUUCCACAGUACACUACCUCACAAUUAUUCGCACUCAAGAAGCCUUGACACAUCUCCUCUUGAUGUUGAAAAAGAGGCAAAGUCCGUGUCAAAUUUCAGACGAGUCCAAUCAGACGGCAACCUGGAGAGCGUGCUUAGCAGAGGCUCCUCUGUUCAAGCUAAGGUAGCUGCUGAAUCAUUUUUGCAGAGCGGUUCUGAUGACUAUAAUCUUCCGUCAUUGAGCAAGUCAUGGUCUAGAAGGCGAUCAGCCCAGAAGAAAUUACCUUAUCUGGCAUCUGUUCCAUCGUUUAACAUGUAUUGUGAUGAAAAGGACGAAGAGGAAGAAUACGAAGGAUUGGAAAAUUUCACUGCUAUUUACAAGGCGGAAUCAAAUAUGCAGGAAUUUAGCUUUGAAAAUAAGGGCGUGGGGAAAAUCGGUGUGAAAAACCCUGCCACAUCUGGAGACGAACUUAACAUCGCGUCGACAGAGCAAAUGUUCAUGGCUAGGGGGCUUGGGAUCGGUGUCAUGGAGCCUUUAACAGAUACGGGCGGUGGGGGUGGAAAUUCUACUCAUAAAGGGAUUUCUACCGGCGGCGAAGGAGAUGGAAAUGGCGGUGGAUUUGACAAUAUUGAGGAGCAUUAUCUGAGAGCGCUUGAGGUGAAUCCUGCCAAUUCUCUCAUCUUGGGGAAUUAUGCCCAAUUUUUGUACGAGACAAAGCGUGACUAUCCCAAGGCAGAGGAGUAUUACGCGAGGGCAAUUUUGGCUCAGCCUGAUGAUGGCGACGUCUUAGCACAGUAUGCCAAAUUGAUAUGGGAACUUCACCAUGAUGAAGAAAGGGCCAAUGUUUAUUUUGAGCAAGCUGUACAGGCUGCACCUACAGACAGUCAUGUUCAUGCAGCAUACGCUUCUUUCCUUUGGAACACAGAUGGCGACGAGGAUGAGCAAGAGCAGGAGGAUUCGAGUUUCUCUUUUGCUUCCAACGGCUAUGAAAUUGAUGGCACGGCAACUGCUUCCGUGACCGUAUAUUAAAAUGGAAAUCUUAGACCUAUAGAGUAUUAUAUCACUUUAUAGAUCUGUAAAGUACCUAUAGAGUUUGCUGGAUACCAGAGGAACUCUAGAGGAAUUAUUGAUCAAGGCAACAUUGAUAUCUUUGGAGGGGGUCCACGGCAACUCAACGUGUGUGCCCAGAUUGUGGGCUCUAGUUAUGGAGGUAGUGAAGGAUGAGACUCUUGAACUUUGGCUUAUGAAGACAUGAAGAAAUUUAAGAGCAUGAAUGUAAUUAUUUUCUUUGGGUCUCUUAAAUGAAUCUUUGACCUCGGGGUCUCAUAAAAUAUUCUUUCCCUAUCAUUGUUGGAUAUAGAAUUCUUAACGUAUCUUUUCAACAUAAAAUUAAAAAAAUUAAAUAAUAUAUUUUAAUUAUAAAA